UUUAAUGUCCUCUCUCCCUCAGCAGCAGCAGCAGCUUUUAGUUUGUUUGUUUUUUAUCCCAAUGUUUUUUUUUUUGUGCUCUGGUCAUUUGGAUUCUGUUUCCAGUUCUCUCUGAUGUCUUCACCUCCAUGAAUCUGAUGACGUCUUACUGCCCGACCAUCACCCAGGGUGUCCACACUUUUUUGGCUUGGGAGCUACUACUCAACUGACCUGAAGCUAAAGACAUUUCUUCAAACCAGAGCUGCAGGCCCUCCAUCACCCGUCCAAAAGACCUUCCCUCGUACUCAGCACAGACAUGGGCAACAAAAAAAAAGCAGCAAGUUACCAGGCUCAUCCACAGCCGGCCUACAUAUCAGAUAGAACUGGAGAUGGUGCAGAAAAGAAUCAACAGAUAAGGCUGCAGGUCUCAAACUAUGGUCCACCUACCACUGCAGAUGAGCGGCUUCCUCCUCAGCUGCCUCGGCUGGCUGGGCAUCAUCAUCGCGACAGCCACCAACGACUGGGUGAUCAUGUGUAAAUACGGACUCAACACCUGCAAGAAGAUGGACGAGCUGGGGGCCAAGGGCCCCUGGGCGGAGUGCGUCAUCUCCACAGGACUGUACCACUGCGUCUCCCUGACGCAGAUCCUGGAUCUGCCAGCCUACAUCCAGACGACCCGUGCCCUGAUGAUCACGGGUUCCAUCUUUGGUCUCCCGGCAGUUGGAAUGCUCCUGAUGUCCAUGCCCUGCAUCAGUCUGGGAAAUGACCCUCUGAGUUCCAAGAACAAACGCACGGUGGUGGGCGGAGUUCUGAUCAUCAUCGUUGCUCUGUGCGGUCUGGUGUCCACCGUCUGGUUUCCCAUCGGUGCCCACCAGGAGCAGGGCCUCAUGUCCUUCGGCUUCUCCCUCUACACGGGCUGGGUGGGCACCAUCCUCUGCCUGCUGGGCGGGGCCAUUCUCCCGUCAGGUGCUUCUGCUACCAACCAUGCCAAGAGUGCUCACGUCUGA